AUGGCCGCCACCCUCGCCGCCUCUCGCCUCCUCCUCCUGCUCAUCCGCGUCGCGGCCACCGUCUCCUUCGCGCUCGGGCUCGCCGGCCGCGCGCAGCUGCUGGACCCGCAGCAGCUGCUGGCGCUGCGCGCGCUCGGCCUCGGCGCGCACCGCGCCGGCGACCCCUGCGACGCGGACGGCGCCGUGGCCGCGUCCUGCGACGCGGGGGCGCCGUUCCGGCGCGUGACGUCGCUCGUCCUCACCAACUGCUCCGACACCACUUCCGUCUCGGCCGCGGCGCUCGAGGCGCUCGCUUCGUCGCUCCGCGCGCUCGCCUUCUCGGACUGCCCCGCCGCGCCGCCACGGCUCCUCCCGCCGGAGCAGCUCGCCGCGGGUCUCCUGUCCUUCUCCUGCACCGCGUCUCUCGGCGGCCUCUCCGCCGUUUGGCUCUCCCGCCUCGCCAACCUCACCGAGCUCACCGUCGCGAACACCCCUCUCGCCACCGGCUCCCCGUCCGAGCUGGCCGUGGUCAUCUCCCACAUGGACCACCUGAACCGUCUCGCCAUUUCCAAUGCCAACCUAUCCGGCUUCCUCCCGCACCACUGGCACUGCCCCAACCUGACGCACCUCGACCUCUCCGGCAACCGCAUCGCCGGCGCCAUUCCCGACACCAUCACCCACCUUGGCAGCAUCACCCACCUGAACCUCAGUUCCAACGUUCUCAAAGGGCAGAUCCCCACACACAUCGGUGACCUCAUUUGGCUCACCACCGUGGACCUGUCCAACAACUCCCUCUCCGGCGGCAUCCCGGAGACCGUCUCCACGCUGCCCGAGCUGGAGGUGCUCAACCUGGGCUCCAACCGGCUCAACGGGAGCAUACCGCCGUUCUUGUCCGAGAUGAGGGGCCUCAAGGAGCUCAACCUGGAGAACAACGACUUCGACGGCGUGGUGCCGUUCAGCGCCAGGUUCUUGUCGCGGCUGCGGGUGUUCAGGGCGGCCGGCAAUGGCAAGCUGUGCUACAACAGGUCGGUGCUCUCCGCCGAGGUCGCCGUGGGGGUGGCGCCGUGCGACAAGUACGGGUUCCCGGUCACGGCUCCCCCGGCGACGGCGCAGUCGGAGAAGAGCGCGGCGGACUACGACGACGGCGGCAGUGAUGGCGACGCGGACGGCGACGCCGACGCUCGUGGCGGCCCUAGCGCGGUGGUUCUCGGGCUCGCCAUUGGCCUGUCCUGCUUGGCGUUCGUGGUCAUCUUGGUCGUCUGCCUCUGCAAGGUGUGCAGAUGA